AUGGCAGCCUACUGCAAGGAAGUCAAGCUUCUGUCUGACCAACUCAACAGUGUCGGGUGCCCUGUUGACAACCAACGUCUCGUUCUUCAACUGCUUACGGGUCUCAGCGAGCGGUAUGAUGGCAUCUCCACCAUUCUUCAAAACCGUGACCCACUACCAGAUUUUAACGAAGCUCGCUCUCGUCUCACUAUGGAAGAGAAGAAAAAAUCUCACCAAGUUGCCGCCAAUGCCACUGUGUCCGCCACUGCCUUGGCGACUUCCACUCAGCCAUCAUCUGACUCGGCUCCUCCGACCCACACCAACCUUGCUCGAUCUUCAGGCAGCCCCAACUCAGGCCCUACCAAUAGCCGCAACCGCAGCCGAGGCAGGGGUCGUAACAACCCGGGACGUGGAAACCGAGUUAUGUAA